AUGAAUAAAAAAAUUAUAUUUUAUUUCUUAACUGCAUUGGUUAUACUGAUCUUCAAAACCGAUUUAAGUUAUUCAAUUCCAACAAUUUUUAAAUAUAAUGUUGAUGCGAAUCUCAAUUUUUGGACUCCAGAAAAAAUAGCAAAAGCUAAACCCUUAAAAACUAGAAAAACUAGAAAUAUUCGAUUUAAAACAAGAAGCGAUAACAAAACUAUAAGAAAUACAACUGACUUCUCUAAAUAUGCGAAAUCUAUGCCCCCUUUGGCGAGAAAAUUUGAUAUAAUUAAUAAUACAAUUAGAGAUGUAAAUGUUGAUCAAUUUCAAAAUUUUCCCAUCGGAAUAUUAUUCAUUAGUAAUAAUGGAGAACUAUUUACUUGUACCGCCAGUGUAAUCAAUGGUGGACCUGGAACUGAAAAUAUCGGUGUUACUGCAGCGCAUUGUCUUUUUGAUCCUGAAACGGAUACAUUUUUUAAUAAUAUAGCAUUUUCUCCUGGAUUUGACCAUGAACAAAAUGGUCCACUUGGUCUUAUUCCUGUCGUUGCGUCGGUAAUAACAGAUCAAUUUCGUAAUAAUAAUGAUGAUCAUUUUGAUUGGGGUAUGAUAAAAUUUGAAUAUAACAAUAAUGGCCAACCAUUAGGAUUUUUUACGGGAACUCUCGGUACUAUAUUCAAUCCAGGAAAUAAUGUGGCAACAACUAUUCGAGGUUAUCCAAACGGAGGUAAUCUUCAAAAUUGUCAAAAUGAUGGACUUAAUCUUUGUACGUGGGGAGGAGUGACAAAUUUGGCAACAGAUUAUUAUGCCAUACCUGACUUAGAGAUAGGAAAUGGGGCAAGCGGAGCUCCUUUAAUGGUGGAAUAUGAUCCAGUUGCGAAUUUGGGUAGGUUAUAUAGUAAUUAUGUUUCUUUUGAUGAACUCGAAGACGAAGCUCUUGCACCUAUUUAUGAUCCAAUAGAAUUCCAAGCAUUAAUAGGUUUAAUUUCAGGCCUUUAA